UCCACAGCGGAUUAAAGUGUCUUCAAUGUUCAUUAACAGUUUUACAAACACAGCGAGGAAGCAGACUGUCGCAUCUACUGUCUGCCCCGUUAACAACGGACAAAUAGUGCGAGUCGAUGAAUAGAGGCUCUAUUGUCCACAACUGAAACUGUUAGCAGGUCAGGGACUGUAGACAGCGAGGACUGGAGAGAACAUGGUCACUGGUCAGAGGAUGUCUUCCAAGAAAUGAAUCCAGUCCUGCACAGCCUGACUGAAAUGUGAAUGUAACAGGACAGAAGCAAUGGGUAGUUCCAUCCUCCUGUUGGCCAGUGUUGUUUCCAGUCUGGGCGGCCUGGUCUUUGGUUAUGAGUUGGGCAUCAUCUCAGGUGCUUUGCUGCAGCUCAAAGCAGAGUUCAGACUUUCAUGUGUCCAGCAGGAGGCUCUGGUUAGCUCUUUGUUGAUAGGAGCUCUGCUGGCCUCCAUCGUGGGCGGCUGUUUGAUCGACCAUCGGGGCCGCAGGAACUCCAUCCUCCUUAGCAAUGUCUUGAUCCUGAUCGGCAGCCUGGUCCUGCUCAUCGACUCCUUCUCUGCACUGGUGGUGGGCAGGAUGACACUGGGCUUCGCCAUGUGUAUAUCCUCCAUGUCCUGCUGCAUCUAUGUGUCCGAGAUGGUCACCCCGGACCGAAGGGGCUUUCUGGUAACACUGUAUGAAGCUGGAAUCACUGUGGGCAUCCUAGCAGCUUAUGCUAUGAACUACAUCCUGUCUGACUCCAAAAGAGGGUGGAAGUGGAUGUUUGGAUUAGCCGUAGUACCGACUGUGAUUCAGCUGGUCUCUAUCUGGUUUCUUCCAUCCAGCACGAAGGAAUCUUUAAGCCAAAAGUAUUGCUUUCAAACUGAAAGAGACCAAAUAAGUGCUGUCGGAAACCAAGAAGCAGAUGACUCAGAAGUCAGUAUGGAAAACAGGAAGGUUCAGUUCAACAUCAUGUACCUUAUACAGCGUAAAGACAACAUGAGGACUCGGACUGUCAUUGGCCUCGGACUGGUGCUCUUUCAGCAGUUCACAGGCCAGCCCAAUGUUCUCCUCUAUGCCUCCACUAUCUUCCACUCGGUGGGGUUUCAGAGCAAUGCCUCAGCAGUGCUGGCGUCUGUUGGCUUGGGGUUAGUCAAAGUGAUCACUACUCUAACCUCCAUGGUGUUUUCAGACAGGGUGGGCAGGAGGCCUCUGCUCAUCAGUGGGUGCUCUGUUAUGGCGCUGUGUCUGAUAACCAUUGGACUCCUCAGUGGGCAUUCAUUGAUGAAUGCUAAGAGGCCUUGUAAUUCUGAGGACUUUAACGUUAACAGAACAGAUGUAACUCAUUUAAAUGUUGGUAAUCAUGUUUUUGACAUGCCUGAGAGCCAAAAACUCCUUAAUACCAACACACAGGAUCAAGAUGUAGUACUUGAUCAAGUUAGACAGAAACCACCGGACACUCCUCUGGCAUCUACUCCUGGCGCCCAUGGCACAGUUGUGAACUGGAUCAUUCUUGUGUGUAUGAUGACUGUCGUCAGUGCAUACUCCGUUGGAUUUGGACCAAUGACCUGGCUUCUCCUGAGUGAAAUAUUUCCACCCGCUGUCAGAGGAAGGGCAUUCGCAUUCACCAGCUGCUUCAACUGGGCUGCCAACCUGUUGGUCACAUUCACAUUCUUGAAUUGUAUCGAUGCGAUCGGUCUGUCUGGGAUGUUUCUUUUGUAUGGGAUGGCUGCUGUGGCAGCUGCGGUCUUCUUCUUCUUCAUGCUACCAGAGACCAAAGGGAAGACUCUGGAGCAGAUAGACAAGGAGCUGCGUUCAAACAAGUUUUAUCAUAGCGAGGAGUGCUGUUGCAUCAUCAGCUGGAGAAAUACUUCCCCACAGUACCAAAGAGUGCACUGUCAAGUUAGCCCCUCAGGGUGAUAUGCUCAGUUUACACUAUUACCUGUGGAUUUGUCUGAUCAUUUGACCACUCUAGUUUGGGUCUCCUUAAGCAAUAAAAUGAAUUAAUAAAAAAAGUAAAAGUUAAACUGUUAAAAUGUGUGUGAGUGGAUAGCAGCAGGUACAAAGGACCGCCUGAAGUGCUUAGUUUUAGACCUCGUUGGGAUGAUCCAGUGGCUAAAUGAGCUGCCCAUCGGCCAACAGCUUGUGUGCCACUAACUCCAGACUGUCCAGUUCUAGCCCAAUCAGAGCUGGACUUGAUGCCACCUACCCAGCACACUGGCUACUACAGAGUGAUAGAAGAGCUUCAGAAGCCUGUUGCACACACUGAAGCAUCUGAGUCUGCUCUGGCCUUUCCUGAAGAGGGCUUCAGUGUUGUGGAACCAGUCCUGUUUUUUUUUUCCUUCUGAGUCCACCCUCUCCACUUCCUCUCCUUGGAUGAUAAACAGGACAGGGGGCCUCUUGUUCCUCUGGUAACCCACCACCAGCUCUUUUGUCUUUUGAUAUUGAGCUUCAGUUGAUUGUUGUUGCCCCACGUGAUGAAGCUCUCCAUCAGUCCUCUGUACUUGUCUUUGCUGAUGCAUAAUGCAUUACCAACAUGUGCAUACUGUAUGUACAUUUAAAGUUAUUUGUCUUCAUAUUUAGUCUUCUGCCCAUACUGGCCACAAAGUAAUACCUCCCUAUUUUGACUCAAAUGUUAAUUCGUGGACAAAAUCUACAGUCCUUGUUUUGUUCUUUUAACACAGAGGUGAUUUUGUACUCAGAGGCUAACUCGGAAGAUAUCCACUUUGGAUUGGUCAAACUCAAGACUGCUGGAGCCUCAUAUUAGCAGAGCACAUAAAAGGGACUGUGGAUUCUGUCUGUUAGUGUCACAUUAGAAAGGGAUAACUACACAACCAGUAUGGACAGAAGGAAGAAUUACAGUAACUAUUAACUCUCAAUGUUAAUAAAUGUUUAUAAAUAAUGCAUUCAAACACUUGGAAAAACCUUUAAUUUAUAAUGUAAAUUGUAGCAGUAUAGUUUUAAAAAUCCUUAAUUUGCAUUUGUAUAUGUAAGAAGAGUGGUCUGUAUGAACAUGACAGUCAGAUGUUCCUGAUAAAUAAAACGUUUAUUUACACAAAUAUUUUCAAAUACUAGUCUUCUACAUAAGGACAUAAAAAUAUAUACAGCAAUGUAGGGACUCAAACUGCUCCGUUCUCAGGUCAAUGUACACAUGUUCAGAUUUAUUUGCAUUUUCAGGUUUUGAAAUAAAAGAAAAAAAAAAAAGAUGCGUAUGUACAGCCGGA